AAACUUGAGUCGUAAGAAAGAUCAAACUUACCGUCAUCUUCGACUCCAACCACCAAAAAACAUCUACCUUACCGUAGCUGUCGCAAGACACAAACACAUCCCAGAUGUCUCGAUGCAACUUCGAGAAGGGCAACAUGCCCGCUUGCCAACACACCUCCGACAAGAUCGAGAAGACCGACGACAGCAAAACACUCGAAAAUCACGACACCAUUCAGGUACAAACUCAGGUCCAGAAUCAGAAACGCAAGCGUAUCGAUAGCGCAGAUCCCUCGACAGAGCCUGAGACCAAAAAGGCCAAGACCAAGGCCACUAAGCAAGAGCUAGCUGCAGCAAAGCUUUGCUCCCUCAUCAUCGGCGGUCGCAAAUUCGAGUUCUCAGCAAAGGAAGUCCAACAGUCUUACACGCUCCAGACCCUCGCGACAGCUGACACCGAGCUCGAAGACGAUGACAUCCAGAGAACCAAAACACCCAAGAAUGGACGCAACAGUGCCAUCAUGAAGCCAGAAAGAUUUACUGAAGCCUGUGGUCAUACCGCAUGGCUUUUCUUGAGAAACGGCAAGGUGCCUAAACUGAUCACAUUCGACCCCGCCGGUAAGCACGACGUCGGUCAAGAAAUGAAGAAUGCUUACGAGCUCUUCCCUGACCGUGGAGAAAUGCUUGCCGCCGCCCAACUUUUCGACAUGAGUCUUGCUUUGAGAAGCCCGAACCUCCAAAGAGCAGCUCUGAAGUGGUACGCAAAGAUCAGAGUCAACACCUGGGGCCCAAACACCGAGUAUGGAAUCAGAACCAGAAUGGCCUGGGCACAACCAAGAAACCAGAAGAAUCCAGAGUACAGGUACUGGAUCGACCACUAUGCGGCUUGGUUGCGGUCGCUCAAACGCUACGAUCCCGCGAUUCAGAGUUCGAUUUCCGAACUAGUCGAUGCAGGCAACAAUGGCUUGCCGGGGUGUGCCACCGACAUCCCAGAUCUGAGCCAGCUUGAGCCAGCCUGUCUCUAUGAAUACUACAUGAGCGGUGGAGAUCCGUUGGAGGUGCCAGAAUCCAUCGUCGAGUUCUGAGGAGAGUGAGGAAACCGAGAUAUCCGAGGUUAAGGAGGAAGUCGAGAAGCAACCCCGGGAAGAAGUCGAGCAGGAGAUUAAAAAGGCCAUCAAGAAGGAGUCAGAGGGG